UAUAGUAUACAUCAAGUCAGUGUAUCCCAAACUGUGUUCCACAGAACACUAGGUCUGAAUAGGUGUUCCACCAACUACUGGAAUGAUUAAUUAGCAGGCUACCAUGUGAACUAAUCUCUCUAAAAAAAAAAAGAGAUCACCUGAUUCUAUUUCUAUGAUAAAAGGAAAAAAUGCCUCGCAAAGAUCCUAAUCGCUCUGAGAGAGGCCCUAAAUUACAUGAAUCUGUUUGUAUUGGAGAAGAUGUAAAAAUUGGAAUUCAUUUGGCAAUUCAAAGGUUUAGGUUGGAUCCUGAUUCACAAGAGCUGAGUUUCCCAUCUUCAUUUUCAACCACUGAACGUGCUUAUGUGCAUCGUUAUUGUUGUCAGCUUGGCAGUUUAAAAACAUGGAGCAGAGGGAAUGGACAAAACCGCUACAUAACAGUUCGUAAGGUGGAAGGAGGCAGAAACUCCAGAACAUUACCGUCACUUUUUUCUCUAGCCCACAGUGCAGCUCAGUUAAACACCUUGUUAAAUAAAUAUCCUGUUACUGUUAAAGAGAAACAAGAUCUGACUGUUAUCACUGAUCGAGGUUCUAAUUUAAAUGAUAACAGAGAAAGAUCUAACUUUGGAAGACUGUCACACAAUGUUCCUCAAGUACCACCGAAACGUAGUCCUUCUGAACUCAAUAAAUUUAGGGAAACUCUCCCAAUUUAUAAAAUGGGGUCUAGCAUUAUAGAAAGCAUCAACAACAAUCAAGUUAUUCUUGUUGCAGGUGAAACUGGAUCAGGAAAGACAACUCAGGUUCCUCAGUUAAUAUUAGAUGAUUAUUGUGAGAGACAACUGCCCUGUCGAAUACUGUGUACACAGCCAAGAAGAAUAGCAGCGCUUAGUGUUUCAGAAAGAGUGGCAUUAGAGAGAGGAGAGAGACUUGGCCACACUGUAGGCUAUCAAAUCAGAUUGGACAGCAAGAUUUCUCCCAAAACUAUUCUAACUUUUUGUACUACUGGUGUUUUAUUAAGAACUUUUAUGGGAGGAGAUGCCUGUCUUAGUACCGUGACCCAUAUUUUAGUUGAUGAAGUUCAUGAGAGAGAUCGCUUUACUGACUUUCUUUUACUUUGUUUAAAAGAAGCAUUGCCCCGUCAUCCUAAUCUUCAUUUAAUUUUGAUGAGUGCUACUUUAAACUUAGAUUUAUUUUCUGGAUACUUUAAUAACUGUCCAGUAGUAUGUGUUGCAGGAAAUUUGUUUCAGGUUACUGAGUAUUUUCUUGAAGACAUACUUAAAUGGACAGGCCAUGUGAAUAAGCUGAUAGACAAAGACGUAACAAAGAAGCAAAAAUUUAAGAAACAAGAAGAGCAGCUAACUGAAUGGUGCUCCAAACAACUGACUCUGUCAGACACUACUCCUGGCAGUGGCACAGAAGAUGACUCUGAUGUGACAACAUCUGAUAAUGCUGAACUAGGGGAAGAAAAAGAAGAUCUUGAUCCCUGGAUUGUUGAAGAAAUGGACAAAUUGCUUCGUGAAGCUUGGCAGACUGGCAAUGAAGAACUUUUCAAUCAAAUCCUACAUUUGAUCUCAAAUGAAAAUGUUAGCGUGGACUAUGUGCAGACAGAAACUAGUAUUACACCUCUGAUGAUAGCUGCAGCUCGUGGGUUCAUUAAUGUUGUAGAGCAUUUACUUACACUAGGAGCUGAUGCCAACUUAAAGACAACCAAUAACUGGACAGCUAUAGAUUUUGCCAGGAAAUUUAACAGAAUCGAUAUUGAGGAACUUCUUAAAGCUCACUGUUCAUCUCUUGCAUUUGACUUGGAAAAAACUGAUGAAGAAGAUGUUCAGCUUACCUCAGAGGAAGACAGGGAGCUAUUGUCUGUAUAUCAACAUAAUUUUGAUGAUGAGAAAGUGGAUAUUGAGUUAGUAAACAACCUCAUUUUUAAAAUUCAUUCUGCAGAAGGAGAAGGGGCUAUCUUAGUAUUUCUUCCUGGUUUUGAUGAAAUUGUAUGCCUUAAAACAGCCAUAACAGAAGAUCGACGUUUUGAACAUUCAAGGUUCGUAAUUAACUUACUACAUUCAUCCCUUCAACAAUCUGAACAAAAAAAAGUUUUUAAAAAUCCACCAAGUGGGGUUAGAAAAAUUAUUCUGUCUACCAAUAUAGCAGAGACAUCUAUAACUAUAGAUGAUGUUGUCUUUGUUAUUGAUUGUGGGAAAGUUAAAGAGAAAACGUUUGAUGCACUGACUUCAUUCACUUCCCUUAAAAGUAACUGGAUCUCUAAAGCUAGUGCACUGCAAAGAAAAGGAAGAGCUGGGCGAUGUCAACCCGGUAAGUGUUACCAUUUGUUUAGCAGGCCCAGAUAUAUGCAUCUACAUGACUUUCAGACCCCAGAAAUACUUCGACUUCCCCUUCAGGAAUUGUGUCUACAGUGUAAGCUGUUAGCUCCACUGAAUGAAUCUGUGAUAGACUUUCUACAAAAAUGUCCCCAGGCACCACCUCAGUUGGUCAUACACAAUGCUGUUCAAAUUUUAAAGCAAAUCGAUGCAUUUGAUCCGUUUGAAGAUCUGACAGAGCUAGGUCAGCAUCUUGCUGAUUUGCCUAUAGAGCCAAGACUUGGGAAGAUGAUUCUCUACUCUGUUGUUUUAAAAUGUUUAGAUCCAGUCCUCACUAUAGUCUGCACACUGUCUUUUAAAGAACCAUUUAUUAUUCCUGCCUUGCCGUCAGAAAAAAGAUCUGUGAUGGGAAAAAGGAGACGAUUUGCAGAAGAGACUUACAGUGAUCACAUGGUUUUUCUGAGAUCUUUCCAAGCUUGGCAAAAAGCUAAAUCUGAAGGAUGGGAGAGAGCAUUUUGUGAGAAAAAUUAUAUUUCUUCUGCAACUAUGGAAAUGCUCCUUGGAAUGAGAAUGCAACUUCUUGCUCAACUUAGAGCAUCUGGGUUUUUACGAGCCCGAGGAGCUGGUGACAUCCGUGACUUAAACACUAAUUCUGACAAUUGGGCUUUAGUAAAAGCAUGCUUGCUGGCAGGAACCUAUCCUAAUCUUAUGCAGAGAGAUGCAUCCAUGGCUUUGUGCACCUUAAAUGAAAGAAAUAUCAGGUUCCAUAGCAGUUCUGUCCUCCAGCCAUUUACAUCAGCUACUAAUAUAAAUACGUCGAAAUCUCUGAAGAAGUUUGUUAGGUCACUUCCUUCUAAAUGGAUUAUCUAUGAUGAGAUGUCACGCUUUCAAAGGGUCUCUUUAGCCAAAUAUUGUAGCUUAGUGUCACCAACAGCUGUGUUUCUGUUUGGUGGACCCAGUAAGAUUACAACAGAUGCCAUAGUCCAACAGCAGCAAGAAUUUGAUGAAGAUGAAAUGUCUAAUUCAAAUAAGAUUGCACCCAAUGUGACUGUCAAGUUGGAUGAUUGGAUUGGAUUCGAUUUUGAAUCUGAAUUAGAAGCCAAAUUGGCUAUACAGUUUCGAAUGAAAUGGCACAGUUUGUUCUUAAAUAGAAUGAAGCACCCGUCUAAAGCUUGGAGUUUAGCUGAAGAGGCAGUGCUUCAAACUAUAAAUGCAGUGCUCACAAAUGCAGAGAAAGCAAUUGGACUUGAAAACCCUAUUGGAGUUGGUCAGCGGCCUAGAACAGUUGAAUCCCUCAUGGGAACUGGUUUUGAAGACUACUACAACAGACCUCCUGGUAAUGGUGGUGCAAGUGGUGGAGGGGGCUACAGCUUUCAGCAACAUUUCCCACAACAUCAGCAGCAUCCUUACCAACACCAGCAACAACAACAGCACCACAGCCACCAGCAGCACCAGCACUAUCAAGCUCAGCAGCAGCACUUUUACAGGAACAACAAUAACAUCCGAAGCUAUAAUCAUCUUCAGCAGCGCAAUUAUCAGGGAUACAACAAACCCGUGCCUGUAAACACCAUGUCCAGAGAAAGCAGCAGUUCAACACCUCUAGACUCACCACAGUCAGGCUCACCCUCUUCAUCUGUCUCUGCCACUGGAACCACUGCUACAGCUAAUAACAGCUCUGGUGUUGAAGAGGGCAGGUACUUUUUGAUGAGGUGCAAUAAUCAAAAGAUUGUGGAUGUUUCUGAGACUAAAGGCAUCUGGGCCACAUCUGUUUCUAAUGAAACAAAGCUAAACAGAGCGUUCAAUAGUGGGAAACCAGUAUACUUGAUAUUUUCUGUCCCUGGCAAUGCAAACUUUCAAGGUUAUGCCAAGAUGACUUCGCUUAUUAGCAAGAAUAGGUCACCAGAUUUUCCUGGCUCUGGUUUAACUGGUACAUUUAGUGUAUCUUGGGUCAAGAGGGCCACCAUACCAUUCAGUAAUACAAACUUCUUAAAUAACCCAUGGAAUGAAAAUAGGCGAGUUCAUACUGGCCGUGAUGGACAGGAGAUUGAGCCUAAAAUUGGCUUAGAACUAAUAAAACUGUGGGACACCAUCCAAGCCAGACGUCCACAAAGCAGCUCAAAGAAGAAAACCAAUGGGCCACCUGCAACACCAGGUAAAAAGCAGCCUAGCCAGAAAUCUGGUCAAAAAGAAAAGUCGUACAAAUGUGAGACGCCAAGUGAAGAGUGUGGGAAGGAAAGAAGUGAUAUGUCUCACUCCAGCCCCAGCCCCUCCUCAUCAACUAAUACCAAUCACAGUUCUAACAGUAGCACCACCAGCCCUGCUUUUGGCCAGAAGUCGGAUAAAACCAGCGGUGCUUAUUCAUCAGGUGUGGCAGGAUCACAAUUUCAAGGCCACCAGAAUUACUCUAACACUGGGGGCAAAGGUUAUUUUCCUCAUCAGCCAGGUGCUUAUGUCCAGCCUGUGGUUGGUCUGCCAGCAGGUUUGAACUCAGUUUUGUUGUCUCAGCAGUCAGGACAUAGUCACGGCAACAGUUCAGGUCAAUCCCAGCAGCAACAACACUAUUUUCAUGGUACUGAGUAACUGUUACAUCUAGUGGCAAUUUAAUAACAAUACUGUAUGCAUGGUUGAGGGCAUUAUAGCUUGUAAUAAUUUUAGUCUAGAUUUCUUUAGAUUUGUUGCUUAAAACAAGUAGGAAAUGAGUAUCAGGCCCUGCUUGUACAGUCAGAGGAUAGAAAGUAUUGCAAUUUGUUUUUUCUUGCUAUGUUUCAGUUAGGAGAGUUAAAUCCUGUCUAAAGAUAAAUAAUUGCUUCAAUGAUUCUGUUAUUUCUACCGAAUGUUAUUUUAAUUUGUUUUUAAUGCUUGUUUGAAUUGGUUUCACAACAAUUUGGUGUUAAUUUAAUCAUUUGAAAUAUUAAAAAGGAUUUAAAGGCAGAAAAAAAUUUAUUAAAGACAAUAAAUCCCUCAUGAAAUUGAUUUUUAACAGUAGCUGAAAAAAUGUGUUUCAAAAGCUUUACUAUUGUUCCAAUGUAUCCCAGGAAGUCAAAGCUGUGAUUUUGUAUGCCUAUACGUUUUGUUACAGACUUUUGGAGUACAACUUAUUUUUAAAGUUUUCAGAUGAACUAUAGCGUAGACUCUUCAAUGUUGUUUGAUUUGCAUUUUUUCAUGUACUUUAUGUCGGCCUGGACGUGAUCUUUGAUUGUUUUACUUGUAGUCCACUUGUUUUGAUGGUUCACAAAUAUUAUUUUUAAAGAUCACUAUAUUAAAUCUUGACUGUUACCAAUGCACUCAUUAUGUCAUUAAAGAAAAAAAUUGAAA